GCUGGUACAUGUCAAGGCCACGACUGUAAGCUCAAUGAAUUUUGCAUGCCAAACGGGGCAACUUACUAUUGCUUUCCAUGGACUCAACCUUAUGCCAAACGUAAUUUUACACAGAUAUUUGUGGCAUGCCCUGGAAAUCAACAGUCAGUAUUGACCACUUGGAAAACAGGAACAGGAUUGGACUAUGAUAUUGAACACAUUAAAAACCCGUGUACCAACAUGAAUAAUCAACACAUUAGGAGUACAAUGAUUGACAAAUGGGAUGGGUUACCUAUUGACCAGGUCAAAAUUGAGCUAUUUAAAAAUGGAAAACUAGCUGUAGAGAUUUAUUUUGAUGGUCAUAGUUCAACAAAUUCUGACUGGUUCUCUAAAGAUCGACUUCGCUCCAAUUCUUUCAACGACUUGACUCAGUUGUCUACCACCAAUAUUUUUUCAAUGGACGGGGAUCCAUAUUAUGACCGCCGUUUAUUUAUCAGUAAAAGUUACGGAACCUGUUAUACAGACUAUGGUUGGUUUGUAGUGAGUGACACCUCUGACACCGCUAGCCGUUAUUGUUACUUUGAUAGGCUACCAGGAAAGGCUUAUCCAUAUAUUUUGUAUGCUGCUGAUCAGCAUGUGGCAAGAUUUAAUUAUUAUGGAUAUGACAAUGAAGUAGAAUUAGCUGACAAGAUGGUCAUCUCAAUCUCAAUGGUUUGAAAUGCAAAAUAAUAUAUCAUACUUGAAGUUAUAAAGACAGGAACAUAGCAAUUGUAUAUAUUCUCCAAUAAUUUAAUGUUGGAUGUAACGCGUCUUCUGAUUGACUGAUGUUACGCGGGUUAUUCAGUGUGCACCACAUUUUUUAUGUUAUUCAUUCAUAGA